AUGGAGCCCCUGUUCCUGGCCUCCACAUCCGGCUGGAAUGCCUCAGCUGCCCCCAGAGCUGACCACAAUGGAACAAUGGCAGAGCCAGUGCCGUCAGCAGGGGCCCGGGCAGUACUGGUGCCCAUCUUGUACCUGCUGGUGUGUGCCGUGGGACUGGGCGGCAACACGCUGGUCAUCUAUGUGGUACUGCGUCACGCUAAGAUGAAGACGGUCACCAACGUGUACAUCCUCAACCUGGCCGUGGCAGACGUGCUGCUCAUGCUGGGGCUGCCCUUCCUGGCCACGCAGAACGCUGUGUCCUACUGGCCCUUCGGCCCCUUCCUGUGCCGCCUGGUGAUGACGCUGGACGGCAUUAAUCAGUUCACCAGCAUCUUCUGCCUGACUGUCAUGAGCGUAGACCGCUACCUGGCUGUGGUGCACCCGCUCCGCUCUGCCCGGUGGCGCCGCCCACGGGUGGCCAAACUGGCCAGCGCUGCCGUCUGGGCCUUCUCCCUGCUCAUGUCCCUCCCGCUCCUGGUCUUCGCCGACAUCCAGGAGGGCUGGGGCACCUGUAACCUCAGCUGGCCGGAGCCCGUGGGGCUGUGGGGCACGGUCUUCAUCACCUACACGUCAGUGCUGGGCUUCUUCGGGCCUCUGUUGGUCAUCUGCCUCUGCUACCUGCUCAUCGUGGUGAGGGUGAAGGCUGCAGGCGUGCAGGUGGGCUCCUCACGGCGGCGGCGCUCAGAGCGCAAGGUGACCCGCAUGGUGGUGGUGGUGGUGCUGGUGUUUGUGGGCUGCUGGCUGCCUUUCUUCAUCGUCAACAUUGUCAACUUGGCCUUCACGCUGCCCGAGGAGCCGGCCUCUGCUGGCCUCUACUUCUUCGUGGUGGUCCUGUCCUAUGCCAACAGCUGUGCCAACCCGCUUCUUUAUGGCUUUCUCUCCGACAACUUCCGCCAGAGUUUCCGGAAGGUCCUGUGUUUCCGUCGGGGCUAUGGCACAGAGGACGCAGAUGCCAUAGAGCCACGGCUGGACAAGAGUGGGCGGCCUCAGGAAACCGUACUGCCCUCACGCAGUUGUGAGGCCAACGGUCGCAUGCAGACCAGCAGGCUGUGA